AUGAACUCGAUAUCGCCCCUGUGUAGUCUCCCAACCGAGAUACUUCUCAUGGUUAUGGAGUGCUUGGAGUCCCCUAUAAGUAUAAGGGCAUUCGCAUUCUCUUAUCCCAGAGCAUUGCUUCUAUUCCAGAAGCAUCGCCGAAAUCUCUUGGACCCAGCCCUGCAAGCCUUCAAUCGGAUGUAUCCAACUGACGAGCUACUGGAAGAUGCCGUUCUUAUUUGUCGAUUACGGUCAACUAUGCGCAACGUGGUCUUUUUAAGUCCUCUAGAAGCGAGGCAAAGGGCCCACGAGGCAGAAAGCCACGGUCCCUUAAAUCGCAGGGACUGGUACAACCUUUCUCUACUCUGUGAACUCAGCAGCCUGAACAAUGAAAUGGACCAUUUUAUCUCAAGAUACUCUAUCCAUGCGUGGAACAAGAUCCAGGGAGACUCUAGAAGGGAAUGCUCACGUUGCUUCGGUAGUCCUGACGUUAUGCCCUACCAAGCUAUAACCCUUUCUAUCGAGGAACUGGAGCGUCUACAGGAGGCAUUUUUCGACUUCGAAAUCCAACGGCACCAUCUUGCUUACGAUAAGCUUCUAUUACAUCAGACACAGUUACAGCAAGGGAUGCUUUUACCCAUCUAUAAUGAAAAGUCUUUCCCGGCGGGGCACCAAGAGGAUGACGGCAUCGAAGGCUCUUGCCUGUCCAUCUUCUGUUUCAUAUUUCAAUGCUAUGGUGAACUCAUUCGCCAGGUUGAUGAACAACUUGAGCUGGAAAUGCCACGACAAACACUAGAACCUCUUCACUCUGAACUCGCACUCGCCACGAGGUUUCUUGGUAGGACUCGAAAUGAGGAGUUGCGGUACAUUGCUCUGUUGUGCUUGCAGGGCUAUGUUUGUUUGCGCAUUGCGGAGAAGUACACCGACGGCGAUCUGCGCAUAUUCAUUCUCAAUAGCUUCAUGUGGUUUUGCAAAGGUGGCCAGGAUCAUAUGCCAGACCCUGAUGGUAGGCUGGGGUACAGCCUUGAACGGUUCACACCGGAAUAUUACCCCAAAGAUGAUACAGCUCACGAGCCAUGGAGCCGAGGGCGAUACUUCUGGAGUAAAUUUCGUAUGUUGGACCUUCGACGGUACACAAUUUACGGGCUCUAA